GAGAGACUGGAGAAACCUGGAUGAAGGAAAAAAGGAAGAGAGGGAGAGAGACUUGAGUGGUGGACGUGCAUAUACUUUAACAAUAAACGAGUGUUUGAGUGUUGUUAUUUAACUAUGAAAAACGUACAAAGUGAAGCUUUCUGUAAGGAGAUUUUGAGGUUGUGGUAAAUAUUAAUAAACAUACAGGUAGCAGUACGUGAAUUAUGAUUGCCUUACAUACUUGCAAAGGAGUAUGCAACUAAACUAGUAUGCUAAAACACAAGCAUUCAAGUAAGCUAGUAUGCAAACGAAUUAGUAAGUGGAGAUGAAGUGUGUCGGAUGGUGACUGCACUGCUGUUCCAUCCCGUCAACACUUUAAGAACAAGCAAAGCUUGAUGCCUGCAAGGAAUCUGCUGAUCUGUACAACACACACACACACACACACACACACACACACAAAUGCAUGCUCAUUCACACACCUGGACUUUGUUUAGAUUGUUAACAGAUGGCUUGGAAAAUGUAUGUAAGUUGUGCACAGACUAAUGCACAUGCUUACACAUGCAUACACAGGCUAGAAUCCUAUAUGGUGCAGAUUGGAGGUUUUUUUUUGCGCCAGAAGAAAUUGUGUCUAAGAAAUGGUUAACAGAGGAAUGUUCAUGAAGUCUGUCUUUGUGCUCCUCCUCUUUCUCUCUCGCGCUCUCGCUCGCUCUCUCUCAUACACACAACCAGGAAGUGACUCCUCAUUUCAGGGAAAACGAAACUCUGAGUGUAUCUCUCUCUCUCUCUCUUUCUCUCUCUCUCUCUCUCUCUCUCUCAGUGUGUGAGUGCAGGAAAAUGGCCGAGGCCAGUAUUUCAGUAGAUCAGCUUUCAGUGGAUCAGUUCAGCUGUCCAAUCUGUCUGGAUCUACUGAAGGAUCCAGUGACUAUCCCCUGUGGUCACAGUUUCUGUAAGGUGUGUAUUAAUGGUCACUGGGAUCAGGAAGAUAAGAGCGGAGUUUAUAGCUGUCCUCAGUGCAGAGACACUUUCACUCCAAGGCCUGUUCUACGCAGAAACAACAUGCUGGCUGAAGUGGUGGAGAAACUGAAGAAGAAGACUGAAGUCCAAGCUGUUUCUCCUGCUCACUGUUACGCUGGACCUGGAGAUGUGGAGUGUGAUUUCUGCAGUGGGAGAAAACACAAAGCCGUCAAGUCCUGUCUGAUGUGUCUGGCCUCCUUUUGUGAAACUCAUCUGAAACCUCACUAUGAAGUUCCUGCUUUGAAAAAUCACAAGUUAAUGGAAGCUUCUGGAAAUCUACAAGAGAAGAUCUGCUCUGAGCAUGAUAAAGUGCUGGAGAUCUACUGUCGUACUGACCAAAGCUUCAUCUGUUAUCUGUGUAUGACGGAUGAACACAAAGGCCACGACACCGUCUCAGUUAAAGCAUACAGAACUGAAAAACAGAGUGAGCUAAAGGAAGCGCAGAUGAAAUCCCAGCAGAGAAUCCAGGAGAAGCAGAAGAAGGUGCAGGAGCUGAAACAGGCUGUGAACACUAUAAAGCUGAGUGCACAGACAGCAGUGGAGGACAAUGAGAGGAUCUUUACUGAGCUGAUCAGCUCCAUGGAGAAAAAGCGCUCGGAGGUGACGGAGCUGAUCAGAGCUCAGGAGAAGACUGAAGUGAGUCGAGCUGAACGACUCCUGGAGCAACUGGAGCAGGAGAUUGCUGAUCUUCAGAGGAGAGUCACUGAGCUGGAGCAGCUUUCACACACACACGAUCACAUCCAUUUCCUCCAGAGUUUCCAGUCUCUCUGUGUCUCUUCUGGAUGUGAGGACUCACCCAGCAUCACUGUCAAUCAACAUCUCUCAUUUGAUGGAGUGAGGAAAUCUCUCUCUGAUCUGAAAAAGAGACUCGAGGAAUUCUGCCAGGAGGAAUUCAUCAAAAUCCCUAAACAUGCUGCAGCAGUUCAGAUGAUUUUACCCUCAGAAACAAAGAGCAGAAAAGAUUUUCUGCACUAUUUCUGUGAUCUGACUCUGGAUCCUGACACAGUAAAUUAUAACCUCAUUCUGUCUGAGAAGAACAGAGUGGUGAAGUGCAGUGAGAGAAAGGAGCCGUACUCUGAUCAUCCAGAGAGAUUUGACUACUACAAUCAGGUGUUGAGUAAGGAGAGUGUGUGUGGACGCUGUUACUGGGAGGUGGAGUGGAGCAGUGAGAGAUGGGUGUCCAUAUCAGUCUCAUAUAAAGACAUCAGUAGGAAAGGAUGGGGUAAAGAGUGUUGGUUUGGAGGCAACGAUCAGUCCUGGAGUCUGCGGUGUUCUUCUUCUUCAUCUCUCAUUUUCUGGCACAACUACAUUAAGACUGAGCUCAGACUUCCAUCAUCCUCCAGAAUAGGAGUAUAUGUGGAUCACAGUGCAGGAACUCUGUCCUUCUACAGCGUCUCUGACACGAUGAAGCUCCUCCACAGAGUCCACACCACAUUCACUCAGCCUCUAUACGCUGGAUUCUGGAUGCCUCAUAGAGGAUCAACCGUGAGAUUAUGUGAUCUAAAAUGUUUCAACCAGGCAUGGGAACGUCCUGUUCCUUAUGCUAUUCGCCAGAAAGUCGAAAUUGAGCUGGAUCGAUUGGAAGCUGAAGGAAUACUAUCCAAGGUUGACUGGAGUCCCUGGGCAACUCCAGUUGUUCCUGUAUCCAAGAAGGACGGAAGUGUAAGACUUUGUGGAGAUUUCAAGGUGUCUGUCAACCCCGAACUGCAUGUAGAACAAUAUCCACUACCAAGAAUAGAGGAUAUCUUUGCCACACUUUCUGGUGGUAGACACUUCAGCAAAAUCGACCUGGCGGAAGCAUAUUUACAGAUGGAAAUGGAGGAAGACUCAAAAGUGCUUCUGACUAUUAACACCCAUAAGGGAUUGUAUCGCUAUAACAGGCUGGUUUUUGGCAUUGCCUCAGCGCCCGCUUUAUGGCAGAGGGCUAUGGAUCAAGUGCUUCAAGGCUGCCCUGGUACUCAAUGUUACCUCGACGACAUCAUCGUUACAGGUGAAAAUGACAGUAGACAUUUGGAGAACUUGGCACGUGUGUUAAGGAGACUGGAAGAUUUUGGGCUACGAGCAAGACGUGACAAAUGUGAGUUCUUUAAGAGCAGCAUCACAUACUGUGGACAUCAAAUCGAUGCAAAUGGCCUACAUAAGUGUCCUGACAAGUUGAGAGCCAUAGCAGAGGCUCCACCACCCAAAGAUGUCUCACAGUUGAGGUCAUUCCUGGGAUUUGUCAAUUACUACAACAGGUUUUUGCCAAAUCUAGCCACUGUUCUCCAUCCCCUUAAUGCCCUGUUGCAAGCAGGAAAGAAAUGGAUGUGGACAAAGCAGUGUACGGAAGCUUUUCGGGAAGCAAAGCGACUGGUGAUGUCAGACACAGUAUUGACUCAUUUUGACCCCCAUAAACCAUUGAAAGUGGCAUGUGACGCCUCACCGUAUGGCAUCGGUGCAGUGUUGUCCCAUGUGAUGAGUGAUGGGACCGAACGACCUAUAGCCUUCGCUUCACGUUCUCUCAGCGCUGCGGAGAAGAACUAUGCUCAGAUUGAUAGGGAGGCGCUGAGCUUGGGCUCCCCUGUUAUAGCUGAAAUGGUUCAGAGAGAAACCAGGAGGGAUCCCACAUUGUCUCAGGUAUACGCAGCUACACAAAAUGGCUGGAACGCAGAAGCAAAGAGCCGGUUCGCACAGUACUAUCAGCGCCGUGACGAACUGGCUUUGGAUGGAGGUUGCAUCAUAUGGGGUUUAAGAGUCGUCAUACCUGCUAAGUUGCGAAAUCGAGUCUUGGAGGAGCUUCAUGUCGGACACUUAGGAGUAGUCAAGAUGAAGUCACUUGCAAGAAGCUUUGUAUGGUGGCCAGGAAUAGAUCAGCAGAUCGAGCAGCUUGCCAUGCAUUGCUCAGGAUGUCAGCAUGUUCAAAAGAUGCCAAAAGCAGCCCCAUUACACCCUUGGGAAUGGCCCGCUUUGCCGUGGCAAAGGAUACAUGUUGAUUUUGCGGGACCCUUCAUGGGCACUACAUUUCUCGUUGUUGUUGAUGCAUGUUCGAAGUGGCCUGAAGUGUUCAGUAUGACCUCCACAACUGCUUCUCAAACGGUGACAGUACUGAGAGAACUCUUUGCAAGGACUGGUGUACCUGAACAGCUAGUGAGCGACAACGGGCCCCAGUUUGUAUCUGCAGAGUUUCAAAUCUUCCUCAAGAACAACGAGAUCAAGCAUUUGACCUCAGCGCCAUACCACCCUGCUACAAAUGGCUUAGCUGAGAGAUUUGUGCAAAGCUUAAAGAAUGCUCUGCGCGCCAUGACAAAUGAAAAAAUGACACUAAAUCAAAAAUUGCAAAAUUUCCUGUUUGCGUAUCGAAACGCAGCCCAUGCUACCACGAAUCGAACCCCUGCCAUGUUGUUCCUGGGAAGACCCUUACGCUCUAGGCUGGAUUUGUUGAAACCAAAUCUGAAAAGAACCAUACAGGACAAAGAAUUGAAACAAUUGCAAGGAGGAGGAAAAACACGCGAGUUGGAAGUGGGGGAUAAUGUGCUUGCUAGGGAUUACAGAGGAGAUCACAAGUGGAUGCCUGCAAGAGUCAAAGAAAGAACAGGUCCACUCUCGUAUACAGUGGAGGUUGCUCCCGACAUCCUCUGGAGACGGCAUAUUGAUCAGCUGAGAAGCUCAAAUGUUCCUCUGGAGAGUGUUCCAGUGAAUGUUCCAUCUACACCUACUGUCCCUGCUACCAAUGGAAGUGAAACGGCCCUACCAUCAGAUGGCACAGUAACUCCCUGUAAAGCGCCACAGUCACCUGUUCCUAUCUGCGAAGAGAGACGUUACUCUACCCGUGUACGGAAACCUCCAAACCUUGGCGAGCGCAAUGGCCUUGAGUGUGACGAACUCCUCCCUCUCGAGGCCCAUGGCUCUGUACUUCCUGACGAGCUGCAGUAUGGCCGCGUGGAGCUCGAGCAAACCGUGUAUCUCUCUCUCUCUCUCUUUCUCUCUCUCUCUCUCUCUCUCUCAGUGUGUGAGUGCAGGAAAAUGGCCGAGGCCAGUAUUUCAGUAGAUCAGCUUUCAGUGGAUCAGUUCAGCUGUCCAAUCUGUCUGGAUCUACUGAAGGAUCCAGUGACUAUCCACUGUGGUCACAGUUUCUGUAAGGUGUGUAUUAAUGGUCACUGGGAUCAGGAAGAUAAGAGCGGAGUUUAUAGCUGUCCUCAGUGCAGAGACACUUUCACUCCAAGGCCUGUUCUACGCAGAAACAACAUGCUGGCUGCAGUGGUGGAGAAACUGAAGAAGACUGAAGUCCAAGCUGCUUCUCCUGCUCACUGUUACGCUGGACCUGGAGAUGUGGAGUGUGAUUUCUGCAGCGGGAGAAAACACAAAGCCGUCAAGUCCUGUCUGAUGUGUCUGGCCUCCUUUUGUGAAACCCAUCUGAAACCUCACUAUGAAGUUCCUGCUUUGAAAAAUCACAAGUUAAUGGAAGCGUCUGGAAAUCUACAAGAGAAGAUCUGCUCUGAGCAUGAUGAAGUGUUGAAGAUCUACUGUCGUACUGACCAAAGCUUCAUCUGUUAUCUGUGUAUGACGGAUGAACACAAAGGCCACGACACCGUCUCAGUUAAAGCAUACAGAACUGAAAAACAGAGUGAGCUAAAGGAGGAGCAGAUGAAAUCCCAGCAGAGAAUCCAGGAGAAGCAGAAGAAGGUGCAGGAGCUGAAACAGGCUGUGAACACUAUAAAGCUGAGUGCACAGACAGCAGUGGAGGACAAUGAGAGGAUCUUUACUGAGCUGAUCAGCUCCAUGGAGAAAAAGCGCUCGGAGGUGACGGAGCUGAUCAGAGCUCAGGAGAAGACUGAAGUGAGUCGAGCUGAACGACUCCUGGAGCAACUGGAGCAGGAGAUUGCUGAUCUUCAGAGGAGAGUCACUGAGCUGGAGCAGCUUUCACACACACGCGAUCACAUCCAUUUCCUCCAGAGUUUCCAGUCUCUCUGUGUCUCUUCUGGACGUGAGGACUCACCCAGCAUCACUGUCAAUCAACAUCUCUCAUUUGAUGGAGUGAGGAAAUCUCUCUCUGAUCUGAAAAAGAGACUCGAGGAAUUCUGCCAGGAGGAAUUCAUCAAAAUCCCUAAACAUGCUGCAGCAGUUCAGAUGAUUUUACCCUCAGAAACAAAGAGCAGAAAAGAUUUUCUGCACUAUUUCUAUGAUCUGACUCUGGAUCCUGACACAGUACAUAAUUACCUCAUUCUGACUGAGAAGAACAGAGUGGUGAAGUGCAGUGAGAGAAAGGAGCCGUACUCUGAACAUCCAGAGAGAUUUGACUACUACAAUCAGGUGUUGAGUAAGGAGAGUGUGUGUGGACGCUGUUACUGGGAGGUGGAGUGGAGCAGUGAGAGAUGGGUGUCCAUAUCAGUCUCAUAUAAAGACAUCAGUAGGAAAGGAUGGGGUAAAGAGUGUUGGUUUGGAGGCAACGAUCAGUCCUGGAGUCUGCGGUGUUCUUCUUCUUCAUCUCUCAUUUUCUGGCACAACUACAUUAAGACUGAGCUCAGACUUCCAUCAUCCUCCAGAAUAGGAGUGUAUGUGGAUCACAGUGCAGGAACUCUGUCCUUCUACAGCGUCUCUAACACGAUGAAGCUCCUCCACAGAGUCCACACCACAUUCACUCAGCCUCUGUACGCUGGAUUCUGGAUGCCUCAUAGAGGAUCAACCGUGAGAUUAUGUGAUCUAAAAUAAAAGGUGGUUUUUACUUUUUAUAUGAAGCUUACUCAAAUAAUGAUUAAUAAUGAAAUUUUCCUUAAUACUCUUAUCUUCUUUCCUCUGUCUUUUAGGACAUUUGGAUAUUAUGAUUGGGAAUAUUAUAAAAAAAAGAAUAUAUUUUAGAACAUUAUGUUGUUUCUGAAUGUACAGUAUGUUUUAAACAAAAAACUACGAUUGAUUGUGUAUGAUUUUUUUUUUUCAAAUUUCCAUCUGUCCAAUUUGCCUCUUCACUCCAUCCAGUCUAGCAUACGCAUGAAAACUAUCAGGUGUAAAAUAUCAUUAAAAUAUUAAGUCCUUUAAGUUUCAGCUUCUCAUCUAAAGUGGCUUUUGUAGGUAAAAAAUAAUAUAUUUUGUAUAACGAGCUAUUACGGUGAAAACUCACAUAUCACAUGACUAAAAAGUUUACAGUAUUUCUGUUUCAUUGCAAUAAACGGUGUAUAAAUGUG